CUGAUUUAAUCAAGGCUUCUUCCUUCCUUUUUGUAAAACACAGAAUGUGCCUGUCGGGAGAGAACACAGACAUCUUUCUCUGCGUUUUGAAAAUGCGAAGCAGGCUUUUCGUGACUUCGGCCAGGCUACACGUGCACCACAACUGAAAGCCCUUCAGGAGCCUGCAGUGAUAGCUUGCAAUGGACCAAGACGCGCACCGCACAGCAGAAAGGGAACUGUUGGAAGCUGUAAGCAGGAUUACUACAUUUUCUACAAGCCCUUCUGAUGAAGAACAAAAUCAACCCAAAGCUGAAAUUUCACAUCAAGAGAGAAAGGAAAACCCAGAAAAAGAUGACCUGCAAGAUUCCAGUGCAUCCCUAAGUCCCAACUCUUCAAUGACCACUAAGGAGCUUCAGGAAUAUUGGAGGAGUGAAAAACGCCAGUGCAGACAAGUCAAACUCCUUUUUGAAAUCCCAUCAACCAGAAUUGUAGAGCACCACUUAUCUAAAUACGUGAUGUAUAAAAUCAUCAUUUUGCAAACAGGGAGUUUUGACAGCAACAAGUCUGUGAUUGAACGGCGUUACUCGGAUUUCGAGAAACUGCACAGAAAUUUGCUGGAGGAGUUUAGUGAAGAAAUGGAAGAUGUGACCUUUCCCAAAAAAACUCUAACAGGGAACUUCACAGAAGAAAUAAUCAAUGAGAGAAAAUUAGCCUUCAAGGACUACCUGAGACUUCUAUACUCUAUGAAAUAUAUCCGAAGAUCAAAAAAAUUUAUCGACUUUUUAACAAGACGGGAGCUUCAGGAAGCAUAUGGUUGCCUGCGGGGCGGCCACUACACCAAAGCUUUGGAAAUCCUUUUGGAAGUCAUUGGUCUGCAGGAAAGGCUGACGAGAGGCAACCCUGUCGCCAUCGUCCCUACUCUCUGCGCCAUCGUGGUGUGCCACAAGGAUCUGGAGAACCCAGCAAGUGCCUUUGAAUGUGGAGAAAAAGCUCUGUCACGCCUUCAUGUGCAUACCAGCCACAGGUAUUAUAUCCCACUGUUAGAAACAAUGAUCACUUUGGCGUAUGAACUUGGCAAGGACUUUCUGUCUUUGCAAGAAAAACUGGAAGAAUGGAAGGCAAAAAAAGAUCCCAUACGGGUUUUCACCCUGAAAGAACUUGCAGUUCGGGAGUAUGUCCAAUGAACACAAGAAACAGCUUCAUUAAAGAGCAAAGCUGUCAGCUCCUUUUCCUGAACACAAACUCUUGAAAAAGUAAGAACUGGAAAUUACCUGUUUGGCUAACAUAACUUUAUAUUAAUAGAAAAAAGGUAAAUCAAGUAUUUUUCAUGUUCGAAAGGGACAUUACCACUUAUGUUGGAAAAUACUAUAUUUACUCUACAGAUAUAAGGAGCACCUAAGCUUAUUAAGGCUUUUGGAAAGAAGUUUGCAACAAAAAAUGAUUUAUGAUUUGCUUACUUUGAAAAGAGCCUAUUUUGUGUGAGAAGUCAGAAUAGGAAAAUACAAUUGAUAAAGCAGUUAUGAACCUGCAGAAACAGAGCUGUUACUUGCUCAUAUGGAAACGACUUCCUUUCAAGAAGAGAGAUAUCUUCUGUUGAUGCAAUCGAAGGGAUGCACCUUCAGACACUGAAUGUAGUUUUUCAUUCCUCCAGCUGAAACCUGGUCAAACAACACUUGCCAUUUCUGAGAACAAUGGGAUUGGUCCUGUUCCCACUGAAGUCAAUUGCCGUGGGUGGGAGGACCUGGGGGGGGAGGUUUACAAUCAACUUUGUUAAGAGCAAAAAAUACAAGCGAUGAUCAUUCCAUCAGAGAUGAGGGAAUAUGCUUCAUUUCCCUUUUGUAGCUGAUACAGUUUUAUCGCUUGCAUUAAAGGCACAUUCUUGUUUGGGGUGAUCUUUAAGUACAGCUCUGACUGGGCUAGAAAAUUCAUACCACGUGCUCUAUAUACAUAAUGGAAAGGAACCGCAGAGGAGUGCUGCUGAAGAGAACAUCUGGCUAAUAUAAUGCUAGCAUUUAAUUCUGAUUGUCAAGCUGUGAGACACAUGGUUAACAGACAGUGUGUGUUAGGGAUGUGCUUCCCUGUUGCCUUUCAGAAGUUUAUGACAAUUGGGCAUUGCCUUAGUUUUACAGCCUGGUACACCAUACAGAUAUUAUCUUGGUGGCACUGAGAUAUUAUAGCUAAUUUUUUCAGGGAUCCAACCCACAUAUACCAAUACUAAGCUUGUCUUGGCCCUAACACUCCUAUGAAAACUUCCCAAGAGCUGAAGAAGUCUCUAUUUACCUGCUUCUGUAAUUUCCCUCAACUCUAUUACCUCUCCCAUACAGUUAUUUUAAUCAUCUGGUAAAUUAAUUCUCAUAAAUUUUGUAAUUAACAUGUCAUGCUAGCAUGGGUCAUUAUUCUCUGCUGCGCAUAGUCCACUGAAUACUUUCAGGCCUGUACUACAGGCAUGGAUACUAGAUACAUCACAAUGACACUGUCUAUAAAUUAGGAAUAACUAUAUUACCUUACCUCCCAGACACAUAAAAGAAUUGCAUAAUUGAAAGUGCACUGAACCUGAAAAACAUUGCUGUGCAUUGUUACCAGGAUGGCUUAGAAAAAAUACAGAAUAAUGGGAGUGUCUAGGGUGGAAAGUUAAUAUUGUAAGUAGCUGUUAACAGCUAGGAAUUAAACUCAAAAUAUGUGGACUAUCUGUUACUUGACAUUUACUAUUUUUUCAAGUUAUACCAGACGUAAGAGAAUUAAGAGUAAUUAAUUAAGAGACUUAAGGACUAAUCUUACCACAACAUACCAUACUGAAGGACAGCUAAAAUGGAUCAAAAGGAACACCUACUUAGAGGAUCAUGUCUGAAUCGGUAACAAAGGGGUGAAGGAAAAAGCUUGUCUGAGGUCUGCACCGCAGUCGGGCAACUUGGAGUUAAGGCAGAAAGAAAGCAUGGCCAUCGUGCUGCUCUAUCUCCUCAGCACUUUUUGGUGAAAGACCAACAGAAUAAGGAAAAAUAAUUUUUUCCCUUUUGCUCCCUCCCCUCAUUGUGUGCAGCAUCUGAGGCUCAGCUGCCUUGGAUUCUCCUCAGGUUCCUAUGGGACUGUAAGCGAGUAGCUAAUCAUGUCCACAGACCCACACCUACAGCUGACUACAAGAUUAGAUAAGUACAUGCUGUCUAGCAAUUAUAAGUACUAGGAAAGCAGCACACCAGAGACAUCUUACUUAACCUUUACUCAUGGUACUACUGUAACUUUCCAUCUCUGAAGGAUUAGCUGAUCCAAAGCUUUGUUGGCAUGGCAGUGCACAUUAGGAAUAUGAGGAGGUGCUAUUUGGCUAAGAGAAAAAUCUACAGAAUUCAAAAGGCACUAAAAUAAACAGUGCCAAAACCCCUCACUGUUUUGUUGGUAUAAGCCAAACUUCUUCUGAGAAUGCUUUUCCAUAUAACGUAGUGGCAGAGUUUUGUCAGCAAAACAGUCCUAGAAUAGGUCACUUUGUCCCUAUGCACCAGAAGGCAGAGGUCAGUCUCCUUGUAUUGUGGGGGGAAAUUAACUAAAUAAGUACAGGAAUGGUGUGAAGAAAGAACAAUGUGUCGGAUAAUUCCCCCUACACUGAACUACUUUACUGGAGAGCCCUUUCAGCAGGGCAGCUCUGGCACCCAGUCAUCCAUGAUGUCUUCAGAGCUACCUGGGGAGAACGUAUCAUCUCCCUCACUCAGAGGGCAGAUUUCAGUUCUGCUGCAUUGAGACUUCCAGUCAAGGCACUUCAUGCAUGAAUCCACAGAGCCUACAGCAUGUGUCAUCAAAGGGUCCCCUCCCAGACCAGCAAUCCGACCAGGACCUAACAAAGGGUCAAGUGCAGCAAUCAUAAAAUCAGUUUGGGAUUUCAUUACUGUUACAGUAGGACAAAAUUACAACCUCCCCCAACAAUUCAACCCCCCCCAAGCAAAUCACGUACAUGUUGCCUUCCUACAAAUGCAAAGCCUCUGACCUUCAGAUUUAUUAAUCUCUUCAGAGAUGACAUGGAAAAUCCCUUGAAAGAGAAAGCUAGUAUGGUGCUGGCAAUAAAUGGGGACCCACAGGGCCGGGAUUUCACCUGGAGCUCUGCCAGAGAUGUGGUCUGAACUUUGCACAAGUAACAACCUCUGUGCCCCUAUUUCAUCACCCAGUACUUCCCCAGUAAAGUUUCCUUGUUCAGGUUUUCAGUUCUUACUGAACAGAAAAGCUGUGAAACUUGACCAAAUAUGUUAACUCCCAACAUUUAGCUUAGAAAUGUGCACUGGGAUGGAGGCAAUUUUGAUUUGUACAAGCCUAUUUCAUUUCUUGAAAUGGAAGAGAACUUGUAAGUUGACAGUAAGUUGCCAAAUCUGUGUGCUUAUUGUUGAUUGCAUAGUUUCUUACUAAUGCAGUCUUAUUUUAGAAUCAGGUGUUACUUUCCUUAAACACUAGAGAAAUGACAAUAUUAUCUAUUUAUUGUGCUGGACUGUAGUGAGACUGUGCUGGCCCAUCAGCUCCAUAGGCAAUCGGCCAGUUCUAAUUUCUUAACUGUGUACUCUCAGAGACUGGUUGGACUUGCCAAAAGAAUUCUGCUUUCAUUUACUCACAUUUCAAAAGUCAACUUCUGUAUAUUCUUUUUCACUUGAUUUUUACAGCAAAGUGAGUGUCCAGCAGUUACAUGCUAUUAAACCAGAAGGUGAUGGCAUUUCUGCUCCCAUGCUGGCCUUGCUGUGUUCCACAUGGAAGGACAGCCUGCAAGGACCGGUUUCCCUCUGCUUGUACAUGCAACUUUAUCUUUCACAGUCAAAAUGUGUAGCCAGGUAGGGCUGAUCUCCUGCAGGGAGUCAGAGAAGAUCAGUCUCUUUGCCCACUAACAUUGCCCAGUGCAGGAAUACAGUAGGGGCUGCAGAACCCUCAUUCAUGAAUUGAAUAGGUCCUGAUUUUUAAAUUACAAGUAUAAAAAUUAAAUGGGUGCUCUCCACCUGCCACCACAUCUUGGUUUUUCUCUGAACAAUGUUUUAAGAAUGGCUCAAAAAGGAAAUAGUGAACAUUUUCAUCCACACCUACUUGUCUUGCUUAUCUGUUGCCCUUCCCUAACUCCUGUCAAGAAGCCACUAGAGAAACGAUGACUAAAAUCCUUGCGCACUCUCCCUGGGGUUGUCUCCCUGCAGGCUGUCCCACAUCCCACCUUUCCAGGGCCAGCACAAGGGAACAGCACUGCAUCAGCAAAGCUAUUUUGGAAGAAGAAAACUCUGGCACUACCACACAUGCAAGAACGGAACAUAAAUUAAGCAAGCAGGUGGCUCCCACUUCCAGACAGCCAUUUUCCUUUCACUCUUCAUUGCUGUACAAUAUUUGAGUGAUAAAAGCCUGUUUUAUAAAUAAAUCCAUUUCAUCCAUUUCCUGUCUCCCAAAACAACGUGUGCUUUCUACAAAAAAUGUCUUUGGUUUAAUAAAAUAAAUGGAAAUGA